CGGAUUGGCUUUUCACUUCUGAGUCAGAUUUUAAAUGGUACAUACAUGCCAGAGAGUGAAAUGGAUUCGAAAUCAGGCGGAGACAUUCUAGUUUUGGCCGAAAAUGUGAACGGCUUGUUUGAUACGUCGAGUGAAUCCUCGCGGCGCGAUAUUAAAACCACAGACGUCUUGCUUCUGAACAGGAAAAGGUCUCUGCCAGCGGACGAACGCACAGACGACGAACUUGUAAAAAAGCGCUCCAAGAAAAAGGCCUGCAUGCCCGCGAGUUUGGCCUUUCAGGUGGACCCUUCCGCCGUUGCGCGCCGAAAUGAACGCGAGAGGAACAGAGUUCGGAUGGUUAACGACGGAUUCUCGUGUCUUCGCCAACAUAUUCCAUAUUUUCCGGAAAAAAAGAAACUGUCCAAGGUCGAGACUCUGCGCUGUGCAGUAGCUUAUAUUAAACAUUUACAAGAUCUCAUAACCGAACACGAUUCAAUUACCAGCAAUUCUGGGGAAAAUUCGGAAAAUGAGUGUAAGAACAUAACAACCUGGGUCGCUGGUCAGUCAUAAAUACGUCGGAGCUUUAAGGUGAGUACAGUGUGUAGUCGUAAAUUUUUAAACAAGAAAAUUUUAAUUUUUCUUAGCUAGUAGUACCUGAAAUAAUGCACGUGCUUUUUAACUGGUGGUAAAAUCUACCUGCUCUCUGCGUAGUAAAUGUUACGAAACGACUAAAGGAUUUGGCGUCCGCCGCAGUAUCUCAGUCUAAGAAUGGGAAGCGAAUCGAUUCAAACGGCCGGAAUUGAAUGAAUAGUAAAGAUGUUGCAUUUAAAAUGCAAAACCCUCAGACAAAAAUGACAGCCUUGUAUUAGAAUUUUACUCUUGGGUGUUACUUUUAUUUAUUUUAUAAUGUCGCUGAAAGUUGGUUAUCCUUGGGCGUGUGUAAAAUAAAAGCAACCGAAAAAUUGCAAACUCCACUCUUAGAAACACAAAGUCAUGAAAAUAAUAAUAACAUAAUCGCGAAAGGCAGAAAUUCUUUUGGACAAAAACUGGUUAUUCCUGAGGCAAUUCAGAAAAACAUUCGAUCAUUGCAGGUAAAAUUGAAUUGAAAAUGAUCAUGUAUAAGAUAAACCAUGUCAUACGUGUUUCAUUUUAAAUAUACUGUUUUAUCGGAGUAUUUCUCUCAAAAUUAACCAUACGAUGUUCUUGCUAUUUUCCCACAGGAACUAGAAAAAUAUUACACUGUGUUCCAAAGGACUGACAUAUGACUGCACUUCUAGGUCUCUCAGAGCGGUCUCUUAACGCCAGAAUAUUGAAAUCAGCAUCGCUUCACUGUUAAAUUCUGAGACAAGCGGUUGAGUCUUCAGUGGUCAUCGUAUCCGUUAACUGGUAUACUAAAGCAACGAGAGAGGACCACGACUUUGCUGGUACUACGGCGGUUUUGUCUUUCCGUGAAUGGAUUAAAUAAAUUGUCUUUUGAGGCGAGAACAAAAGGUCUGGGAAAACAAAA